AUGGAACGGCAUCUGGAAGUACAAUUCAAAGACCGGACAGAACCUCAUCGCAGACGCUCUGGAAAACACCAGGCCAGUCGCUUACCCAGCUCCUUAUUUGAUGACACGACCGACACGAUGCGGUUCACCACGAGCUACAAUCUCACCCAGGAGUUGGUCCAGGCAGAUGGAUAUCACGACAUCUUCACGACCGGCACCUAUGUCAAUAACAACCAAGUCCUUCGCAAAGCAAUCGACAUCCACAACGAGAACAUCGAAAAAGCCAAGGCUGAAGCGAAGAGCGAAUCCUGGUCCAUAGACACUAUCGUCCAGCCCUGGCCCAAGCUAUUCUGGAACAUACUGUCGCCAAGGGCGGCAAUGUACUCGGCCUAGAGCGGUUCGAUGAGAAUCUUAUCCCUAUGUCACUCUUCCUUCCCCAAAUACACCCAUCACAAGUUUUGAAUUGAGUUAACAACCUCCGCAGAGGUCCUCUACGACUACUCCUGAGACGACGAAAGAGAUGACGUUCUCUUCCCUCGCCUCGGUCGGACCGCCCUAAGCGACCUCGAUGCAUACGCUCAGUCGAUCGGUUCUGACAACGAGUAAGUCUAUCUCAACUAUGCAGACAAGUCCCAGAACCUGCUAGAGGGUUACGGCGAGAACGUCCAGUUUCUCUCUCGCGUGGCCAAGCAGUAUGAUCCCCCCGGCGUCUUGCAGACCCAGGUCCCUGGUGGUUUAAAAGAUCAGCGAAGUGGUCUGAGCGGUGCGAGUCGCUCGACUUACAGCACUGUCGUGGUUUAUUCACAAUCCAAGACCAAAAAACCGAGCCCCCAAGUAAAAGCACACUACUUACAUACCAAACACAAC